UGUUUUGUCCCUGCAGUCACAUCUGAUGGGGCUUUUUAUUAUUUGUGGAAUGAAAAGCUAAAUUAAACCUGACGAAAAAAAGCAGAGGGAGCAGGGGCAGGAUUGAUUUACUCGCUGUAUUGGUAAAUAUGACCACGUGAUCCAUGUAACCAAUCCCUGUAGAUGCAGGCCAAGCAAAAAUACUAUGAUUGUUCAUAGAGGGAAGCUUCUCCUAACAGUGCGAGCCUUAUUAUAAGAGUAGGAAGAGAUGAAAAAUGUCUUCCAGUGGAACUCUCAGUAACUGCUAUGUGGACGCGUUGAUGGGGCAGGAGCCGGAGGAUGUGUACGGAGCUCGCUUUCUUCAGCCUCCACACAUGGUGAACCCGAGGCCGUCAGGUGCCGGGGACAACGCAGACUUCUCCUCCUGCAAUUUUGCACCAAAGUCCGCCGUUUUCUCCUCGUCAUGGUCCUCUGUUCACCCGCAGGGGAUUUAUCACCCGUACGUGCACCACCACCACCACCACCAGUCCCACCUCCCCGCCUCGGAUAGCAGAUAUGUCGGCGUCCGCUCCUGGAUGGACCCCAUCUCCAACCACGUUUCUUUUUCCGGAUUCCACUCCGGUAGCCGCUCCUACGGAACAAAACUGGACGCCUUGCCACCGAAAUCUACCGAGUGUGACUCUUUGGAGGCAGAAAGUCGUCCGCAAACUGGAGAAUUCACGCACGGAGUAUCGGAGUGUCCAGAAAAGUCGAGUAAAGAGCACAGUGGAAGUGAGCUUUCGAGCCACAGCGAGCCCAAAGAGGAGAAACAACAACAACUUGACCCAAAUAACCCUGCAGCAAACUGGAUCCACGCGCGCUCAACGAGAAAGAAGCGCUGCCCGUACACCAAAUAUCAGACUUUGGAGCUGGAGAAGGAGUUCCUCUACAACAUGUAUCUGACCAGAGACCGGCGCUAUGAAGUGGCCCGCAUACUCAGUUUAACCGAGAGACAAGUGAAGAUCUGGUUCCAGAACAGGAGGAUGAAGAUGAAGAAGAUGAACAGAGAGAGAGGCAGCAAGGAUCACUUGUGAAAUCUCUACUGCGUUUGAAGCCUUCUGGACAAUUGUAUUGUUUUUGGUAGGAGCCACGGUAGCCAUUUUAUAUAAUUUUAUUAGACCCUCGUAAUAUUGCGUGUCAUGUCAUAAUAUGUUGGCUAAAACACAGACAGGAUCUGCCAACAAACCGUCUGAAUCUGUUUCCUAACUUUUAGGAACCACACCCUGGGACGUUGAAGCAGUUUGUCAUUUUUGUUGAACAUUACGCACAGUAGGAACGUGUCUCUGUGUAGAAUAUUGCUUUCAUAGUUGUCAAAAAUUGUAUAUAAAACACUCUCAAAGCUAAA